UCCAAAACCCAGACCCGGAAAUCACAAUGGCGCCUAACAGGCAAAUGACCACAGAAUCCGUCAUCCCUACACAUGGCACUUUCGUAAUUCGCAGGAGACUGUUGUUGGAAAGGAUACAAAGACCAUUGAAAGUAUAAAAUCCACCUCUUCGACCACCACCUCCAACGCCAAUCCCCUGAAAACCAAAAGUCCCCAAAACCCUUAGGCCACAGAACCAAGAAAAGAAUAGUACAGAAGGAAAGGAAAAAAACUGGAAAAAAUGAUGAAUGCUGCAGUGUCAUUUAUAGGAGGAACCAACGGCAACAAGAAAGGCUUGGCUGCAACUCUAGCAGCCCAUCCAGGAGAGCUUAAGCUCCGAGCUUCCCUGUCAGACACCAACUUCACAGAUGGGUCCACCUUAAAUUUUGAUGACCUCUUACUUUCUGUUGAGAAGCCUGGUUCUUUCAUAAUCGACUUUGACAUCCCAAAAAAGGAUGUUCAGUUUCAGUUCAUGAACACGUUUAAGGUGGAGGCCAAGCAGGUAAAUUGGACAUACACCCACGUGAGGAAUGAGAGACGGACAGUACUGGACGGGACCCUGUUGUUAGAUACAGCCAAUAAGUUAUCUGCAAGUCAUGAGCUCGGUUCUGUUAACUGCAAGUUGAAGUACACUCAUGUGCAUAAAGGGUUGACAACGUUUGAGCCCUGCUAUGAUUUGGCCAAGAAGUCUUGGGACUUAGCCGUGUCAAGGAGAGUUCUAGGUGGUGAUCUAAUCAAAGCUACCUAUGAGACAUCGAGUCAGGUUUUGGGUGUGGAGUGGUCGUGUAGCUCAUUGAUUAAUGAAGAUGGAAUGAUUAAGGAAUUUCCUCUGGUGUUCUGCCUCCAGAAGUUAAAGGGGAUGAUUUUAACUGGUGCUUAGGUUUCAGCAUCUUUCAAUUUGGCAGAGGGCUUACAUCCGCCAAAACUAAAUGUCCAGAGUAUGUGGAACUUUCAGGCAUAGUCUCUUGAUAAUAAGCUUGAUUUUUUAUAACAUAUAAAACAGAGUAGUUAUAUUCAAUAUGCUGUAAGCCUGUAGGUUGUUCAUAUGAGAUUCCCUUAGGAAUAUAGACUGUUAUUAGUUUAGCUUCAAAGCAAGGGAAUUGGCAGCCCUGGAAGUGUCUUAUGUUAUUUCUCUAGCCCUCUUAUUAAGGUGAAUUUACCAUCUCUUUAUGCUCUGAA